CCAAACAGCCCAAACAGCUCCUGAUGUUUUUCUAACCAGAAUCAUCCGCGUCUCAUUUCCUCCUCCGCUCCGUUAAAACCAUGUCAGCUGCGGGCUUCAUGCUGCUGGUGUUCACGGUGUCUCUGUGGCCCGGAGACUGCAGGUUUAUUGUAAAGCCUUUGUCAUUCAUCAAACAGGAAUCCAUGACACAGGAUGUCUGCACAGAAUGCAGCCAGAUCAUCCAGCUGUCUGAGAACAUGAUUUCCAGCAGCGAUACCAAGGAGAUCGUGUAUGAAACACUGCAUGCUUUGUGCCAACGCCUCGCCGGAGAUCAGGCGUCUGAGUGUGAUUCACAGGUGAAGACUUAUCUGCCAAAAAUCCUGCAGCAAACACCUGGCCACUUGAAACCAGGUGAGAUCUGUGUGGUUUUUGGACUUUGUGCCGCCCACAAGGAGGAGGAACUGCAGAAACCUACUUACCACAUCACCAAUCAAGAUGGAUCCAGUUCUGCAGUUGGCUCAGGCACCAAGAAUCUUGGGCUAUACAACCCGGUCUGCACCCUGUGUAUGUUAUUUGUCAAGAAGCUGGAGGCUCUGUUGCCCCAAAAUAUGACUGAGGAUACUAUAAUAAAGGCAAUGGAAGAGGUCUGCGAUCUUCUGCCUCAAAGCUACAAGGAGGAGUGCGAUGAUUUCGUGGAUAAAUACGGCGCAGAGAUUGUGGAGUUCCUUUUGUCCUCUGCUGCUCCUUAUACCAUAUGCAGUCUUUUACACCUCUGCUUGUUCAAAGAGAAGCCCACUCUAGAGGUGUUCGUCCCCUCGGACUGCGACUCGUGCCGUACGCUGGCCGCGCUGAGCCGUCUGCACCACGGUCUCAACGCUACUGAACCUCAGACUUCUGCUUUCCUGCAGUCUGUGUGCGUCAGUCACCCGAAUGCCAUCCCCAAGUGCGAUGCUUUCACCAGAAUCUACGGCUCACAGCUGCUGAAGGUUUUGGGAAACCAGAUGGACGCUCCGCACGCUUGUGAAAGAGCUUCUCUGUGUGCUGCCUCCAAGAAGGUGGAGUCGCUGGGAAAGAAUCCGUGUACUUGGGGACCGAGCUACUGGUGCAAAGACACGGAAACUGCUCAGAAGUGUGGAAAUCGGGCCUUCUGUGAGAAAUACAUGUGGACGAAGAAUGAAUAAACAACUUGCCCGAAGCACUGAAACUAUGUGCACGCAAAGAUGUACUUUCUACAAAUGUACUUCACUGAUCAAAUGUACUUUUUUUAAAUGCAAUGCACUGAUCAACUUUUGUUUUGUUUUUUUUUUUUUUUGCUUUUGGGGAAAUUAUCCGUGCCAUAUGUAAUGCUCAGUCAACCAGCCAUAGAUACUCAUCAUCAAUUAUUUCAGUUUGCAUGAAGAGUCUCAGGUCUUUGGCUGGGAUUCAGUUUGAAACAUCAGUCUUUGAAGGGGUUUGUGAACUGUGUCAUAACUACAGCUAUGUCUUUAUGAAUGUAAAAACUGCCAAAAACAUUGAUAUAUAUUGUGUUAGUCAUAAAUGAGCUUGGAGUAUAUCUUAAAAGCAAUCUGGACUGCUGACUGCACAACACAACUGCUUCUUCUGUAAACCAUAGUGCUCUUCUGAUCAUGACUUCUUGUGCAAAUGACCACAUACAAAUAAAACUCCUAAAAUGA